CACUCUUCAUCAAGUCCUUCAGUACAGUCCCACUCAGCCCUGUGCCUGACACCACGCAGCUGCAGAGAUGAAUAACCAAGGAGUUACCUAUGCAGAACUCAGUCAGGUUAAGGGUUCAAGAAGACAGCAAGUGAAAGCUAAGGGCACUAAAAGCUCCACUUCAAAAAUUGAGCAGGAAAUAACAUAUGCAGAAUUAAAUCUUGAAAAUGCUUCUCAGGACCUUCAAGGGAACGACAAGAAAACCCCCUGCAAAGGGAAGCUCAUUGCUGGCAUCCUGGGAAUCAUCUGCCUUGUCUUGAUGUCCACUGUGGUCACAAUAGCUGUUAUUCCCUUUACUAAACGACCAGAGCAGAACCAAACAUCCCGGGAAACAAGGAUCUCAAAAGCUUAUCAUUGUGGGCAUUGUCCAAAAGAGUGGAUUACGUACUCCAACAAUUGCUAUUACAUUAACACUGAAGGAAAACCAUGGAAUGAGAGUUUGAUGUUCUGUGCUUCCAAUAACUCUACCUUGCUCUCCAUAGAUGAAGAGGACAUGUCCAAAUCCAACCAGGAGGCACAGAGAACACCCACCAAAAUCAACAAAAGCAGGCCAGCACCACCAGACAUACUGUAAUUAAUUUUGCAAAAUGUGGCUACCUGCAGAUUUCUCAGGAGAAACUUGGCAAGUCAAAAGGGAGUGGCAUGAUACAUUCAAAGUGAUGAAUAAGAAAAAUCUCCAGCCAAGAAUACCCUAUCCAGCAAGGUUAUCAUUCAGAAUAGAAGGAGAGACAAAGGAUUUUCAGACAAACAAAAACUAAAGGUUUGUUACCACUAAAGCAGCCCUGAAAGAAACAUUAAAGGGGACUCUUUCAAUGGGAAAGAAAGGCCAAAGGUGACGAAGACAAAAAAAGAUCAGAGAAAAUCUCCAGAAAUAAUUACAAGAAAGUAAUAAGGUGGUAAUAUAUUAUACCUAUUAAUAAUUGUUUUGAAUUUCAAUAGACAAGAUCCUCCAAUUAAAAGACCUAUGGUGUCAAAAUUAUUUUUUUUAAAGAAGGACUCAUCUUUACGUGCCUGUAAGAUACUCAUUUUAGACCUAAAGACACCUGCAAAUUGAUGGUGAGGGAGUUAAAAAAACAUUAGCAUGUAAACAGAUGUCAAAAGAAAGUAGGAGUAGCAAUAUUUACGUCAGACAAACUACACUUUAAAACCUAAGCAAUCUUUUGAAAGAAAAACAAAACUAUAUGUAACAUGCUCUUAGAUUUCAAACUAUACUACAAAACCAUAGCAAUCAAAGCAGCAUGACACAACAACAGACACAUAGAUCAAAGGAAUGGAAUACAAAGUCCAGAAAUAAAACUCUGUUUAUAUGGUCAACUAAUAUAUGACAAGAAAGGUAAGAAUAGACAAUAGGGAACAGUGAGUUUUCAGUAAAUGGUGUUUAAAAAACUGGAAAAUUAUGUGAUAAAGAAUAAAAACAAACCACUUUUUACACCAUAAACACACACACACGCGCAUGCAUGCGCACACACAUGCACACACACACACACACACACACCCUAAAAUGAAUCAAAGUCCUGGAUAUAAAGCCAGAAGCCAUAAAAUUCCUCAAAGAAAGCAUAGGCAACAAACUCUUGGAGAUAGGUCUUAACUUUGCUCUUUUGGCUCUGUCUCCUUAAGGAAGGGCAAUAAAAUGAAAAAUAAACAAUACAUCAAACCACAAAUUUUUUGCCCAGCCAAGGAAAUCAUCAACAAAACAAAAAGGCAGCCUACCUAAUGGGGGAUGAUAUUUGCAAGUGAUAUACCCAGCCAGGGAUUAGUAUCCAAAAUAUUUAAAGAACUCCUACAUCUCAACACCAAAAGUAUAGAAACAAGUGAUUUAGAAAUGGGCCAAAGACACGAAUAGAUAUUGUUUGAAAGACAACAUACAGAGGGCCAACUGACACAUAAAAAGAUGUUCGACAUCAUUAAUCAUCAGGAGAAUGCAAGUCAAAACCACAAUAAGGUAUCUAUCAUUUCACACCUGUCAGAAUCAAAAAGAAAAGAAAUAACAAUUAUCGGCAAGAGUGUGGAGAAAAGGGAAUCUUGUGCAUUGUUUCUGGGAAUGUAAAUUGAUGUAUUCAUAAUGCAUGUGAGUAUAGAGGUUCCUCAACAAAAAGAAAAAUGGAAAUAACAUAAUAUCCAGAAAAUCCAUUCAGGAUGUCUAUUUGAAGAAAAUGAAAACAUUCACUUGAAGAGACAUUUCCACCCUAUAUUUAUUACAGCAUUAAUACUGUAGCCUGGAUAUGGAAGCAAAUGUGUGUCCAACUAUAGAUGAAUGUAUAAAGAAGAAGUAGUAUAUAUAUUAUACUUAAAAUAUAUGUAUAUAUAUAUGUAUCUGUAUGCACACAUACAAUAUACACAAUGGAAUAUUACUCAGCAAUAAAAAAGAAUAAAAAUUUUGUCAUUUUUGACAAUGUUAAUGGACCUAGAAGUUUUAAUGCUAAAUGAAAUUAGACAGUGAAAGGCAGAUACCAUAUGAUUUAACUGGUAAUGCAAAAUAUGAAAACAAACAAAACAGAAAUAGUCUCAUAUAUAGAAACCAAAGUUGUGGUUGCCAUAGGGGAGCAGGAAAAAUGAGUGGCUAAUUAUUUAAUAUUCAGAUCUCUGGCAUGGUGUUAUUGUUCAAUAUUGUUCACUGUUGUAUUUAGUUUUUCAGCAGAAACCUAAAUAUCUUACUUACAAAUAACAAAAUUGAUUGCAACUAUUUUAAAAACUAAGGCAGAAAAAUUGAGAAGAUAAGUUUGGAGGGAUGUCUGAUUAGCUCAGUCUGGGGAGUUAAGCAUCUGCCUUCAGCUAGGGUCAUGAUCCCAGGGUCCUGGAUUUGAGCUUUGCUUCCUGUUCCUUGCUAGGUGGGGAGAUCACUUCUUCCUCUCCCUUGUCCCUCCCCCCCACUUGUACUCAUUCCCUCUCUCUCUC